AUGGUGGACAGAAAGAGACAUGGACCCAGAAGUGAAUCCAAUGGACAUCAUAAAAAGAUGAAGAAGGAAGAAGUAGUAGAGGAUUCACCUGUAGAUAUCAAAGAUGAAGAAGAGGAAGAAGAAGAGGAAGAAGAGGAAGAAGACGAUUUUAGUGUUAAAGAUGAUAAAGAAGACGAUGAAGAUAAAGAGGAAGAGGAAAAGGAUGAAAUAGACCCCAAAGAAGAAAAAGAUGACGACGAUGAAGAUGAUGACGAUGAGGAGGAUGACGAUAAAGAUGAAGAAAAGAAGAGUGAAGAAGAUGAAGACGACGAAGAAGAUGAAGCAGCUGAAGAACGUAAAAGAAUAACGACAUUCAAUUUCGAUGGUAUAUCAUACACUUUCAAAGAAAGACCAUCAGUCUUGGAGGAAAGAGAAGGGAAAAUUGAAUUCAGAGUAGUCAAUAAUGAUGAUACUAGAGAAAAUUUAAUGGUUUUAACAGGUUUAAAAAACAUUUUCCAGAAACAAUUACCUAAGAUGCCUCGAGAAUAUAUUGCAAGGUUAGUUUAUGAUAGAUCACAUAUUUCCAUGGCAGUUGUACGUAAACCUUUAACAGUUGUUGGAGGGAUUACUUAUAGACCUUUCAAUAACAGAGGAUUUGCCGAAAUUGUUUUCUGUGCUAUCUCAUCAACUGAACAAGUUAGAGGUUAUGGUGCCCAUUUAAUGAAUCAUUUAAAAGAUUAUGUACGUGCCACAUCUCCAAUAAGAUAUUUUUUAACAUAUGCUGAUAAUUAUGCUAUUGGAUAUUUCAAAAAACAAGGAUUCACUAAAGAGAUUUCAUUAAGUAAAUCAGUAUGGAUGGGAUAUAUUAAAGAUUAUGAAGGAGGGACAUUGAUGCAGUGUGAAAUGUUACCUUCAAUAUUAAGAUAUCUUGAUCUGGGAAAGAUAUUAUUAUUACAAAGAGCAGCAAUUGAAAAGAAGAUUAAACUUCGAUCCAAAUCUCAUGUUGUUAGACCAGGAUUACAAAUUUUCAAAAAUAAUAAAGACACAACAUUAAAACCAGAGGAAAUACCUGGAUUAUUAGAAGCUGGGUGGUCAGAAGAAAUGGAUAAAUUAGCUCAAAAACCUAAAAGAGGACCUCAUUAUAAUUUCAUGGUAACUUUAUUAUCGGAAUUAACCAAUCAUCCCUCAGCUUGGCCGUUUGCUGUGGCUGUUAAUAAAGAUGAAGUCGGUGAUUACUAUGAUGUCAUUAAGGAACCAAUGGAUUUAGGUACUAUGGAAUCUAAAUUAGAGAAUGAUAAAUAUGAAUCCUUUGAUCAAUUCGUUUAUGAUGCUAGAUUGAUCUUUAAUAAUUGUAGAUCAUAUAACGCUGAAACCACCACUUAUUAUAAGAAUGCUACCAAAUUGGAGAAAUUCCUCAAUAACAAAAUUAAAGAUGCUCCAGAAUAUGCUCAUUUCUUAGAGUAG